AGAGUUGGAGUAUAAGUCAGCACAUAUGAUUUGGGGUGACCCCACAACCAGCCUGUCGGAAUUUAAUUUAACACACACCGGAUCUGAAGUGCUAAUUCAAAUGCAUUUUAUAACCAUGCCGUGUGCUCACAACCACCGUCUCUGAAUUCACGGUAAAGGUGGGGGUUUUCAAGUAGUCUGCAGCGGAGGCUGCAAUCAUCUUGAGUGACAUUAAGUUGAAACUCUCGGUCACAGAUCUAUACACCCAUUUGUGUUUUUUGUAGACCCAAAAAUUGUUUUUCUCAAUGGAUUGUCUGAGAUCUGGUGUUUUGGGUCUUUGUCUGGUUGUUCUUAUUGUAGCAUCAGAGGUUUCUGCAGUGCAGAAGGUGGAGAAAUCUUCAUCUGGGUUGUCUUCAGAUGCACAGGCUUCAGUUGGGUCGACAUUGGGUUCGUCCUCUCAACCAGCAAUCAGCUCCAACUCAGUAUUGGUUGCAUUGUUGGAUUCUCAUUAUACUGAACUGGCUGAGCUUGUAGAAAAGGCAUUGCUUUUGCAGCCUUUGGAAGAGGUUGUGGGUAGCAGCAAUAUUACAAUCUUUGCGCCCCAAAAUGCUGUCUUGGAGAGGAAGUUGGAUCCUGAGUUCAAGCAGUUUUUGCAUGAGCCUGGGAAUCUCAAGUCACUGCAGAAACUGCUUAUGUUUCAUGUUGUGCCUCGCAGGAUUGUUGCAGAGCAAUGGGGGAACAAGGUGCAUCAGACACUGGCCAAGGAUGGGCUGAGGUUGUCUGAAAAGGGGGGUAAGAAGAGUGUAGAUCUGGCUUCCAUAUCUCACCCCAAUGCAGUCAUUAGGCCCGAUGGUGUUAUUCAUGGCAUUGACAAAAUGCUGAUACCCAAGUCAGUGCAGGAUGAUUUUAAUCAGUGGAGAAGAGAGGCUUUGGCUGUUAUUCCACAGGGGGCUCCUGUUGUGGAUCCUAGGAACAUUAAGUCCACAAAAAAAGCUGCUUCUACAAAGGAUGAUUACACUCCGGAGCACUCAAUUUAUUAUGCCAUGGCCUCUGCCCCUUCACUUGCUCCUGCACCUGCCCCUGGUCCCGGAACAGGUCACCAUUGGUUUGAUGGAGAGGCACAAGUCAAGGACUUUAUUCACACAUUAGUUCACUACGGUGGCUACAACGAAUUGGCUGACAUUCUGGUGAAUCUCACUUCAUUGGCCACUGAGGUGGCGAAGAUUGUUUCGGAGGGCUAUAGGGUUACUGUUCUUGCACCCAAUGAUGAGGCCCUGGGCAAGCUUACAACAGAUCAGCUCAGUGAACCUGGUGCCCCCGAACAGAUCGUAUAUUACCACAUUAUCCCAGAAUAUCAGACUGAGGAGAGCAUGUACAAUGCUGUAAGAAGGUUUGGGAAGAUUAAGUAUGAUACCCUGAGGGUUCCUCACAAGAUAACAGCUACAGAAGCAGAUGGGACCGUGUUGUUUGGUGACGGAGAGCAUUCUGCCCAUUUGUAUGAUCAUGAUAUCUACAUUGAUGGCAGAAUCUCGGUUCAGGGGAUUGAUAAGGUUUUGUACCCAGCUGAAGAGAUUAAAAAGACAAAAGGAAGGAAGUUGGAGGAAGAAAAGACACAGGUUAAAACUACCAACCACACCAGAGGACGUCUUCUUGGAGCUGUAUGCGGUUUGUUCGAGAGGGUUGGUGGGAUUUCAUUUGUGUCCAGUUGUCAAUAAUUGCGUAUCAUUUAAGUUUCUCUAGGGCAAAUAUCUACCACUGGAAAAGAUAAAGAAUAUGCAAAUCCAUUAUGUCGAUAUAUGCUUAAAACAAGAUGAUGAGCUCGAGGGCCUGUUGCAGAAAGCCUGAGAACUUAAAAGGAUUUAUGCAUUGUUGAUCAAAUAGAUGUCUAGGACUUUUUGCAGUGGGUAUAACCCCAUGAGCUACACAAGUUAUUAGUCAGAAUGUAUUAGUAGCCAAUGAGGUGUGAUUUUUAAGUAGUACCAAUUGUUCUCUAAUAGGAUGGGCCCAAUCAUCAUUAUAUUCACAUGAUUGCUAGAGUCUGUCAGAUUUGUUUGAUAAGGUGAGUUUUGUUACAUAAAACAGGAUUGUUUCCUGUGGUGAGGGAGAGCUGCAUCUUCCUCAUCAAUCAGUGUGCUCUGGACAAAGUGAUGAGCACUGCAAAUAAAAGAAUAACGAUUCUUUGAAUGUUAAUAUGUAAUUAAUCCAUUCACUUCGAUUCUUUUCAAA